AUGCCCUCUUCCAAUUCAAAAGUGAAAUUGAAAGUUGGUUCAUCGUCUUCGACUCAACCCUCCACUGGGAUCGAGCGAGAACGAUCAGGAUCAACACCAUCAGUCGAAGAGACCAAAUCGUCGAUAUCACCUAUAUACAUAUCAUUGCCGUUGGACAAGGAAUCGAAACGUAAGAUAGACUCAAAAUCUCGUCACGAUGAAGAUGUGAAGAAGCACCAUGUAGUAGAAGCGCAAGUCUCGAAUUUGGAUGAAGAUUGGCAAGUAGCUUACACAUGGUCAUUCAUCAUCAAAUUCAAUCUAAGAAGCAAAAUAUCACGAUUAGAAUGUUUAGAAGACUUUGAAAGAUGUUUAGUUGAACCAAUGGCAAAUAGACCUGAUGAUAUACUGGAAAGCAUUUUGAUUUGCUUUUUGGGUAAUCUCAAACCUGGUUCAAGGAAUAUCACACCCGAAAACAUCCAAUCGCAAUUGUCGAAUUACAUCAACGAUCAGCUUUCCAGUACGUCCGAAUGGACAGUAUGGGAUAGAGGAUGGCCCAUAAAUGAAGAAGAUAGAGGAUCAUGUUGUACAUAUGAUCGAUAUAGAUCAGAAUUAGGUAGAUUGAGAUAUUACGGUGAACCUUCAAGUGCAAGAGCCGAGAACAAUCCUAUAAAGCGGAUGGAAGAAAAAGGAAGUGGAAUCUUUGAAUUGGAUUGGAGAGAAAGAGUGACUCUAUUAAGACAACUAGUCGAUUGGCAAUUAACUCAUUCUGAAUCAAUACGAAAUAUAAUCCAUAGGGAAUUUCCUGCCAAAGCGAUGGAUAGUAAAGCCAAAAGACCUCCUCCAGCCGAAAUCACCGAAAAAGAUUCCAUCGUAGUCAAAGAGUUAGGACUGAAUCGAGACAGAGCGAGGGUAUGGGCUUUUGAUGAUUCAUGGAGGUUGUAUAAAUCUGGUAACCCUUACAAACGACCUUGUCAACUCAUAAGCAUAACGACCAAUAGAGAUUCGUAUGAUCAAUUGAUCACAGAACUGGAAACUUUCUCUCAAUUGAGAUCGGAAGGUAACCCAGACGAGAUACCCAGCACCGCCAAAAGUGGGAAACUGUCUAAUGAACUGAAGAAAUUAGUCCAAGCUAGGAAGAACGAAGCUUCAUUAGCUGAAAGAUUGAAGGAGAGAAUAGAAGCAGUCGAAAAGGAAGAAGGGAGAGUACAAAGAUCGAGAAGAAAGAUUGCUCAAGUAGUCGAAAUGCAACAGCGUGCGGAGUUGAGAUCCACAAGAACAAGAAGACAGGGUAGGAAAGUCGAUUAUGUGUAUGAUGACAACUCCGAAUUCGAUUCAGAUUCAGGACCAACAAGAAGAAAGCGACCUUCACCUGAAUUUGAUGGAUUGGAUUCGAAAGGUAAACCUAUAAUUCCAGGUGAAAGAAGAUCGGCUAGAACGUCGGGUAGACAAUCAACUUUCGUUUUUGAGCCGGUGUCUGAAAUACUGCCUGUCUCCGAACAGAUCUCCAAACCAGUUUCUGAACCUGACGUGUCAGUGGAAAUGUCAAGAAACUCUUCAUCAACAAGUUCGACCGGUGGAAAUCCUGAAGAUGGAGAGAUGAGUGAAGAAGGAAGACGGAAGAAGAGAGAAAGGAUGAAAGGUUACGCAUGGGUAGAAGAAUAUAUUCCAUUCGAAAGGUUGUCUGAUAAGGAUAAAGAGGAAUUUCUGAGAACGCGUAAAGAAGCAAAUGAGCUCAAUCUUGGAACUGGAACUGCCAACGAAGAUUGGAAAGGGAUUGCAAUGGCGAACGGAACGGGAAUCGAUAUUCAAAACAGGAAUGGGCAUGAUAGUGUUGAGACACUAGAAAACCCAAUAUCGGUCGAAACAAAGAGUGAAGAGCCUAUGGAUAUUGACAAGUCAGGUAUAGGUGAGGAGGGCGAAUCAGCCUUUUAG